AUGUCGUCUCGCAUCAACUAUCCUCCAGAGGUUGAGUCCAGAAUCAACCAGGGCAUUGAUAUGCACCUGUCUGGCGAGAAGACGUACAACUGCAUGUCCUCCAUCUGCAUGUCCGACGAGGUCGCUUUGCCCGAGUUCAGCGAAUUCUUCCGCGUCUGUGGAAUGCGCAUGCGGAGGAUUGCCGAGAGGAUGAAGCGCUACCAGGAGGUGCGUGGUGCGCACUACUCGAUGUCGAGUGAU